AUGGCCAAACCUGGCCUCAUCUCCUGGCUGAAAGAAGAAGAAGCACAUUUCUUGUUGUUCGUAACUGAAGAGGAUGGACUGGCAGGUGGAAAAAGCAUCAGUUGCAAGAGAAGCCUUAAUGUCCAUCGUAGAAUUCACAAAGGGCACAAACCAUACAAAUGUCUGGAGUGUGGGAAAAGCUUUCGUGAGAAGAAUAUGUUAACUUCCCAUCAAAGAAUCCACAAAGGAGAGAAACCAUAUCAAUGCCUGCGGUGUGAAAAGUGUUUUAGUAGCAAAGGAGGCCUUACAUAUCAUGACAGGAUUCAUACAGGGGAGAAACCAUAUCAGUGUUUGGAGUGUGGGAAAAGCUUUGUAUGGAAGGGUACUUUAACUGUCCAUCAAAGAAUUCACACAGGAGAAAAGCCAUAUAAAUGCCUAGUGUGUGGGAAAACCUUUUGUCGCAGGUUGAGCCUCACUUUCCAUAACAGAAUUCACACAGGGGAGAAGCCAUACAAAUGCCUGGAGUGUGGGAAAAACUUUCGACGGAAGAAUGAUCUAACUGCCCAUCAAAGAAUUCACACAGGAGAGAAGCCGUAUAAAUGCCUGGAAUGUGGAAAGGACUUUUAUCGUAAAAUGAACCUCUCUUACCAUUACAGAAUUCACACAGGGGAGAGAACAUAUAAAUGUCUGGAAUGUGGGAAAAGCUUUCUAUGGAAGAGUACUUUAACUUUUCAUCAAAGAAUGCACACAGGAGAGAACCCAUAUAAAUGUCUGCAAUGUGGAAAAAGCUUCAGUCGCAAGAGAAACCUUACUGUCCAUCAAGGAAUUCACACUGGAAAGAAACCGUAUGAAUGCCUGGAGUGUGGGAAAAGCUUUCAUGAGAAGAAUACGUUAAAUUUCCAUCAACGAAUCCACAAAGGAGAGUACCCAUAUCAAUGCCUGCAGUGUGGAAAGUGUUUUGGUAGCAAAGGAGGCCUUGUUUACCAUGACAGGAUUCAUACAGGGGAGAAACCAUAUAACUGUUCGGAGUGUGGAGAAAGCUUUCAAUGGAAGGGUACUUUAACUGUCCAUCAAAGAAUUCACACAGGAGAGAAACCAUAUAAAUGCCUAGUGUGUGGGAAAGCCUUUAGUCGCAAGCUGAGCCUUACUGACCAUGACAAAAUUCACACAGGGGAGAAACCAUACAAAUGCCUGGAGUGCGGAAAAAGCUUUCGACGGAAGAAUGAGCUAUCUACCCAUCAAAUAAUUCACACAGAGCAGAAGCCAUAUAAAUGCCUGGAGUGUGGAAAGGGAUUUUGUCGUAAGAUAAGCCUUACUUACCAUGACAGAAUUCACACAGGGGAGAAAGCAUAUAAAUGCCUGGAGUGUGGAAAAAGCUUUCGACGGAAUGACACAUUAACUUUCCAUCAAAGAAUUCAUGCAGAAGAGCACCCAAAUAAAUGUCUCCAGUGUGGAAAGUGUUUUAGUAGCAGAAGAGGCCUUACUGAUCAUGAAAGAAUUCACACAGGGGAGAAACCAUAUAACUGUUUGGAGUGUGGAAAAAGUUUUUCACGGAAGAGUACUUUAAUUUUGCAUCAAAGAACUCACACAGUAGAGAAGCCAUAUAAAUGCCAAGAGUGUGGGAAAGGCUUUUGUCGCAAGAUAAGCCUCAUGUACCAUGACCGAAUUCACACAGGGGAGAAACCAUACAAAUGUCUGGAGUGUGGGAAAUGCUUUCGAAAAAAUGAUAUGUUAACUUUCCAUCAAAGAAUUCACACAGGAGAGAAGCCAUAUAAAUGUCUGCAGUGUGGGAAAGGUUAUUGUCAAAAGAAAAACCUUACUUGCCAUGAGAGAACUCAUACAGGAGAGAAACCGUAUAAAUGCCUGGAGUGUGGAAAGUGUUUUAGUAGUAAAGGAGGCCUUACUUACCAUGUCAGAAUUCAUACAGGGGAGAAACCAUACAAAUGUCUGGAGUGUGGAGAAAGCUUUCGACGGAAGAAUGAUCUAACUUUCCAUGAAAGAUUUCACACUGGAGAAAACAUAUAA